AUGGGUCUAAAACCCCAAACUGGCUGCCAGCGCCUUGCGACAAACGGAGACUGCGCAUUACUCCUGCCAUGCCGUCACUGGUCAUUGCUCAAUAGGCCUGCGCAGCUAAAUGGUUGGUACCGCCUGUUCCUCAUCCCUGGAGACGCCCACUGUGGUGCCAACGCCCUCCAGCCCAAUGCUCCCUGGCCCGAGACCACUUUUCCCACUCUUAUUGAUUGGGUUGAGAAGGGCAUCGAGCCCAAGACUUUGAACAGUACUGUUCGGUCGCCAGGAGAGCAACAGCAAAAUUGUGGCUGGCCGCUCCGUCCCUACUUCACCAACAAUGGCACCAAGCUUGAGUGCGUUAAUGAUCAGAAAUCUCUCGAUAGCUGGCAGUAUGACCUGGAUGCUUUUCAGAUGCUGAUUCUUUAA